AGGAAUUAGUUUGUCUCUCAAUGAGAUAAGUGAACAGACAUAUUGGUUCACUUGGGUUUCUAUCUACUCAUAAUUAUAUCUCCUUAAAAACACAUCAAGAUCAUAGAUCCAAGAGAACAAGAAAGAUCAAGAGUAUCAAAUUUAUGAUUUCUUUCUCAUUUCUUCUACAAGUCUUCUUCGUGUUAAGAGAGUGCAAAAUAUAAUUUAUGAUUCGCCUGAAUCUAAAAUUAUAGAGCUUUAAUUUUGGAUCAUGGAUUGUUGUAUUCUAGAAGAUGGAUACCCACUGAACUGCAAGCACAAGGGCAUGAUGAAAUCUGUCUUUAGUCCAUUGCAUUUGCAAGUCUCAAUUGGAAAAUCAAGCCAAGAAAGAGAGUUGGUGAUCGGAGCAAAUGGGAGGAGGCGAGCAUGCGCACGGCGAAGGGGCCCACGGCGGAGACUUCAGGGCGAAGGUGUGGAGCAUGAGCGGUGGGCCCUACUGCAGGCCCAAGCACUGGAAGCGCAACACGGCCUUCGCCAUGUUCGGAGUCUUCCUCAUCUGCAUUCCCAUCGCCAUGAAAUCUGCCGACCUCGAGAGGCUAAGCAAAGAAAAUUGCUACUGAAUGUUGGUGGAUCUGACAGGUAUCCCGUGUUCAAAUGGCUGAGACGGUUGCUGAUAUAAGGGCAUACAACCUCUCAUUAAUUAAAUCUGUAUCCGCAUCAUCGGUUGAUCGUGGAGUUAUGACUCCUGCUGACAUAUCCAUGGAUAUAACUAAGCUAGUUCAGACGCUUGGUAUAUCUCCUAUUUCAUUUCGAGAUGGUGUCAGAUUGACGCUUGAACUGUGACCAGUGACCAAGACACCAAGUCUUGAUGCCAUGAAGGUCUUGUAAAUUGCUUCCUUAUUGUAAUACUGAGGAGUACUCAUCAAUUUCACCCAUACUUGAUUGGGGUAAAAGUGUUCUAGAGAAACCAUCUUUUAUCCCAAGAAGCUUCUAUUGUAUUACU